CGUCAAUAAAAUCAUAUUUAAUCUAUGGAAAACCGUGAAAAGCCAUUGCCUCGUCAACCACUGACCAUCUGCAUGCCCCUGAGGCCUGCGUAGGUCCCUUGACUAGAACCCAAUACCGAGGUCUCAAUUCUGCCGGUCUCACGAAGUAGCCUGCAAUAUAUUACUACUUAGUUGUUGCGCGGCAGCUGGAGAAUUGGCGUGCGAUGUUUGUUCCCUGCUCGACUCAUGUGGUCGCUCCAAGUAUAAAGCUGUCUUGCUUUGUGACUUCGGCUUUGCUAGUAUCGGUGGCCCUGACUGUGUCCGCAGCCUAUCAAGAUAAACUAGUUGAUGCAGAAACCCGAUCUUUUCAUCUAACUGAGACUAACAAGGCUGAUGUUCUCACCACUCUUGAUGAGCGGGAAAUCGAGCUACGGAAACCCGCCCAGACUCCCAGAUGCAUCUAGAAUAUUGCCUUUCGCCGAGAAUGGUAUGUUAACACCGGGUCUCUGGUAAAUGCAUAGGACUAUGAUUAAAUAACAGUGGUUCGCUCUUCAUAAAGGGGAGGCUCUUUCAUAUUAAAGCCGUGAAGCGUCUUCAGGGCUUACCGCCCGGACGCCUCAAAUUGUCUCCUUGGUGCCCAGUCUUUGAGUCAGUUUCUACUAGCUUGUUUCUUGCUGGAUAAUAUAUUGCCCUUAAACUAGUUUGGCGACUUCAUCAUGAAACACAUCCAACAGACUCGUACUAUCCACUGCACUGGCAGUUUCAUGCCGUGGCAUCGGUGGUUUGUCGAUCUCUAUGAAAAGCCCUUCAAGAGGAAUCUGGCCAAAAUAUCCAUCCGCACCCGAAAAUUCACACAUAUUUGA